CAAUCCCUCCCUGCCUGCCCGACCGACCAAGGAAACGGCAGAGUCUACGGAGACGAAACGAAACCAGGGGCGGCAGGGCAGGGCUGGGAACAGAUCUCCGGUCACCACCCCGCUUCCGAUCCGAUCCGCUCAGCUCCGGGGCCACGAUGGGGGACGGCCGCUGCUGCACGUUCCUGGAGAUCCUCCUCGCCGUCAUCCUCCCGCCGCUCGGCGUCUUCCUCCGAUUCGGCUGCUGCAGCAUGGAGUUCUGCAUCUGCUUGCUGCUCACAAUCCUUGGCUAUGUCCCUGGAAUCAUCUACGCCAUUUAUGUCCUUGUUGCCCUCGACUCUGACCGGCACGAGAGGGAAUACUACACCCUUGCGUAGCCCGUUUGUUUGUGUCAUGCCUAAGAAGUUUACAGUGCACAGUUGAGUCGAGUUGCUAUUUUCAUGUGAAUUAUUAUCUGAUACUGUCUGGAGUCUGGUGGCGAAUCUUUCUUUUCUUACCCAUCUUGAGGUGUCUCGACGUUAUAUUUCAGUUUGUCAAGUACUUGUACUGCGGUCCAGUUUAUCCAUUCUGUAAUUGUGAUAUACUGUAAGAAAGAAUAAGAUGGACUCCCACUUCUGGAGCAUUUAUGAUUGGUGCUAUCAUGCAAUUAUACACUUGUAGUUUUCCCUCC